AUACUUGAAGAAAAUACCAAGUUUAGCCUUAUAUGUUCUGUCGCGAGAAGAAGUAAGUUUUGAUUCAUUAUCUGAAAUUGGCUGUGGCAUUUUCCAUUAUAUCAUUCUUCUUCUUCUUCUAGCAAUUCAUAAUUCAGAAUUCAACCACUUGACAUCUCUCUCAUUCCAAUAUUUGUGUAAGAAUUCAGAAUUCGAAAUUGAAACUGAGGGCCAGUUUUGGAGGUUUAGCAAUGAAGGAUUCCGACUCCGAAUCCGAAGCAGCAGCAGCGAUAUGGAAACAAAUUGAGAUUUCAGAGAGCUACCUUGUUUGCUCCAUGUAUGAAGAAGCUGCAUCAUUGGCUUCUACUAUUUUAAACCGCUUGCGUGAUAGAGCCACUACUACUACAACUGAAGAACAAGAUAUGGUUCAAUCAACAGCUAUGGUUCUCGUUCAAGCAUUCAACCAACUUGGCAGGACACCGGAAAUUCUCGAUCAACUCAGAUCCUAUUUCAAUUCAAUAAAAGCUAUUCCUCCCCAACUUCUAUGUACCGGAGCUUGUUUUCAAAUAGCACAAGGUUCUACUUUCCUUGUUCGCCAAUUUCUCCAUGAAUUUCUUAAUGGAUGGAGCCUUGAGGAUGGACAAUAUCAUGCUGUCAUUGCAGAACCCAAUGUAGAGUGUCCAACUAGUUUCCACAACCACUUUGUUCUUGGAAUUCAUGACUAUUUGGAAGUUGUUGAGGUUUAUGCUGUCACACUUCUUGCAACGGUUCUACAGGAUGUAGAUCUUGCAAUUUCAUGGGUUCAAAAUGCUCCAUUGCCUGAGGAAAAUCGACAGGGACUUCUGAGAAGGUUACACUCUAUGCAUUCUCUUAAAACUACCAUUUCAUCUCAAGUUGCCUCUCUGCAAUCGCAUACAAAUAACAGUGAAGGAUCGCCCGAGGCCUUGAAAGGCAAACAUGCCGAUGAUAAAACGUAUAGGUCCAAAGAUGGUGUUUCAAAACUGUCUGAACGGAUAGAGACGUGUUUCUGGUGUUUCCGUUCUAUUAAUUUGAAGUUUGGUAAUGCUAAGUUCGUCAUACCUAGUGGGAAGAUUAUGCUCGGUUGUUUGAUCUUGUUUGUCUGUUAUGUUUUCAGAAGAAAGCAAGCUACUUUGAAAAGGAUUGUAAGAAGACAAGUGAACGCGACAAAGAGAGCUUUGGGCGAUUUGUGGCAGCUUGCGUUUUCUUAUGAAGUUGAUCCAUUGGCAGCUGUUCAACCACUUGUUGCUGCAACACAUCAAGGUCAGUGAUGGAAUUGUUGAUCAAGCAUGACCUUCAGGAGCCUGUCAUAAGUAAUCCUCAGAAUACCCAUCUUGACUAUCCUUCUUGUUCUAGAAAUGCAAUUUGUUGUUUGAAGAGGCGCUUACUUAAGCUGAUCAAUAAAGCCUUGAGUUUUAUGUGCCUUGAAUUCGUGUGAAAGUUGCACAUAAUAAAUGCUUUAUGCUAUUAUUUGUACAAGGAAUGCUUGAGAUUAGAGCGCUCUUAUAAAAAUAAAUUGUAAAAUAGAUAUCACAAAUCCACUGCAAUGUUUUUACAACAAAAUAGUUUGCUAUCUGUAGAAAUAUAUUGUUUUAAACCUUUGAUUUUA